AUGACGGAUUCGGAUGCACAACGCACCAUUUUGGACGAGACUCAAAAACUAGCCUUGUUGGACGAGACUCAAAAACUAGCCUUGUUGGAGGAGACUCAAAAACUAGCCCUGUUGAACGAGACUCAAACACAAGCCUUGUUGGACGAGACUCAAAAACUAGCCUUGUUGGACGAGACUCAAAAACUAGCCUUGUUGGACGAGACUCAAAAACUAGCCUUGAUGGACGAGACUCAAAAACUAGCCCUGUUGGACGAGACUCAAAAACUAGCCCUGUUGGACGAGACUCAAAAACUAGCCUUCCCUGUUGGAGGAGACUCAAAAACUAGCCCUGUUGAACGAGACUCAAAAACGAUUCCGACUAUCUAUGCCAUUACACCAACCUACACCAGGCCGGUUCAGAAGGCGGAGCUGACGAGGGUGAGCCAGACUUUUCUCCAUGUUAGCAACUUCCACUGGAUUGUGGUGGAGGAUACCGAGAAGAAGACCCAGCUUGUGUCAAGAUUAUUGACAAACUCUGGACUGACCUACACUCACCUGAAUGUCAAAAAACAAGACAAGACGACUCAUCGGGGUAUUCCUCAGAGGAAUAUUGGUAUUGACUGGAUUCUAGAGAAUGUUACUCGAGAUCAGGAAGGCGUAGUCUACUUUGCAGAUGAUGACAACACAUACAACUUGCGUCUUUUUGAAGAGAUGAGAACAACUCAAAAGGUCAGUAUAUGGCCUGUGGGACUAGUUGGUGGGAUUCGCUUUGAGAGCCCUAUCUUAAAUGACGCAGGAAAGGUGUCCUCAUGGCACACAAUGUAUGCACCCGAUCGAGCCUUUGCAAUUGACAUGGCUGGCUUUGCAGUGAGUCUGAAAUACUUCAGGCAGCAGUCACAUGUUAGGUUUGACCCCAAAUCAAGGCCGGGUUGGGUGGAGCCUACCCUUCUUGUUCAGCUAGGGUUGAAGAAGGAAGACUUGGAGCCUCGGGCAGAGAAUUGUUCAAAGGUACUAGUCUGGCACACGAAGACCCAGAACCCCGAUUUGUCAUCGGAAAAGAAACUGAUCGCACUUGGUAAACCUUCAGAUCCAACAGUAGAAGUAUGA